GGUCCUUUUCGUGAAAGGAACAUAGCUUAAUGCCAGCCAGUUGUCAAACUAUCUGAGGUAGGAAAAACUAACAUCACUUAAACUUACCUUAAUUCAAUUUAUACCGAUAAAUUAUCACAAUCGAUCCUGCAUUCGAGCAGCCGAAGCUUCCCUGGCUUUUACCGAGCAAGCAAUGAAAAGAUGCGGACAGGUCAUGUCUCUAUUUUUUUAAUAUAUAUAUAAUAAAAGCCUUCAACUUACACCGGUGAAUCUCAUCAUUUUGAAGCAUCAUCAUUUCCGCUCAAAACUCUUGCAGUUUUAAAGCAAAAGCGGAAGUAUUGCUACAUUGUUGAUUAAAAUACUUGCAAGAGUCUGCAAAUCUCGAGCCACUCAAUAUUUGCCUAGCAAGAAUACUUAGAAACCAUUUAAAUUGUUGGUUUUGUAGUACAGUAUUCAUAUUCGUUUUUUGGAGUAAGUGGUUUGACUUCAAUCCAUCACAGACGGUUUCUGUAAAAGACGAACAAUUUAUGCUCAAGGGGUGCAUAAAAUUAGUUUAUUAUAAGGGGUUUUCCCCGGCUCCUAAUCAACAUUUGUCUCCGCUCUGUAUCGCUCUGUGACGACUUGUAACGCCUCGUAAUCUCAUUAUUUUGAUGGUAUCAUCUUUUCGACUCAAAACUCUUGCAGUUUUAAAGCAAAAGCGGAAGUAGUGCUACAUUGUUGACAAAAUACAAAUUGCAAGAGUUUGCAGAUCUCAAGCCACUCGAUAUUUGCGUAGCAAGAAUACUUAGAAACCAUUUAAAUUGUUGGUUUUGCAGUAAAGUAUUCAUAUUGGUUUUUUGAAGUAAGUAGUUCAACUUCAAUCCAUCACAGACGGUUUCUGUACAGGGAACAAUUUAUGCUCAAGGGGUGCAUAAAUUAGUUUCAGGCGUUUUCCCCGGCUCCUACUCAACAUUUGUCCCCCCUCUGUAUCGCUCUGUGACGACUUGUAACGCCUCGUAAUCAUGAAAUCAAAGCACGGUGAAUCUGACUCAUUCUCGGGGUGGCUACUACAGAACAAAUGUUAUUUACUUUGAAUUUUUUUUCCUCUGGCUGCAUUUACAAUGUAGAUAGUUUAAGAAAGCAAUAUAACAGGGGCGUAGCGUGAGCUUUUGAAGGUGUACGCAACUGCAAACUAGGGAGGUAUAGGGACAUGCUCCCCAGAAAAUGUUUCAAAUUUAGGGGUUCAGAAAUGCCAUUUCCUGCGUUUUCCGCAAGACAUUUUCAUUAAUUAAAUAGGAGGGAAAAUGUAAUAAUCGGUAAGGUGUAAUGUUUACGGUAAAAAUGGUAUACGACAGUGACGCUAUCAAGGAGGUUCGACAAGCAAAGGGCGAGAUGUCUACCCUUCAGAUGGGUAAAGACACCAAUAUAUAAUGCGAAAGAAUUAUCAAUCUUCUUGAUUUAAUGGUAAAAAUGCUUUCAGGAAAUGAAAAAUAUAUAUUUUCCAGAUUUCAGCUGUACGCACGGGCGUAUGUGCGUGUAUGGACGCUACGCGCCUGUAUAAUCGUGUUUCUCACGCAGUCAUUUUUUAAAAUAAAUUUUAUUCCAUUAGAGAGGUAAUACUGUCAGACAAACAUGACCCAGAAUUUGACAAAGUGCUAAUUAUAUAUAUGAGUCGCAUAACAAAGGAAUCGUUGUGUGCGGCAUCAUAAAUUCCGGGAAGAGGGAUUAUUUGACGGUUCAACGUUGGUGAACGCAUCUGUAAUAUAAGCUAUUAGUAUAUACACACUCAGUGAUCUUGGUAAUUCAAGCAAUCUGAUUGGUUAGCUAUCCCGGACUAUGACGUUAUAUUAACUGCGCCAGGCAGUGAAUAUAAAGCAGAACAAAAUCGCUGUUGUGAACUGGGUGUUUGCCAAAGUUUCGUAGUAAAGCCUUUUUGAAAAUACACGAAUAUCCAAUCCAAGUGCUGAUGACUUUGAAGGCAAGAAAAGACUUCAUGGUGUUUAAACUGUAUGAUUUAUUGUGAAGUGGUUUACUGUAGCUGACUUUUUGUACGCUCGAAGCUAUGUUUACAGUUUGUCACUGUUUUGUGAUUUCUGGAUUUUCUCGCAAAACCAAUUUUGCCUAUAAAUAAAAGUUAAUUUAUGGAGAAAAGAGGAAGGCAAAUAUUUUCGAAAAUUGUACGUGCCAGCAAGUUAACAAGGCAAAGAACUUUGGAGAUAAACAACGCUCACCUUGAUAGCCUUGAUAGCCUUCGUAGCCGCUGUUGACAGCAUUUUCAAGAAGCGACAAAGUAAACUUUCUCAUUUACGGUGAGUUGACAGAAACAAAUAAAGCUCUACUUUUCUUCUCAGAAUUGGGUAGUAAUUUAAAUUUUCGGCGUUUUGUUUGAAACCGUUGAUGUUAAAGCUUACAAAACUCGAUACAAAAAGAUUAAAACUAUCAUUUGCCCUGUUUGAAGAUACUGUAAAGAUCGAACUUUUGCGCAUCCACUGUUUACGACUUCGUGUUCCCGCAUGAAUUCACCCGUCAAUCAAACUAAUCGUUUUUUAACAGUUUCCUUUCUGAUUCUAUUGAGAUCACUUCGUGUGAAUAUACUAAAACAAUUAUUCACCUCAGGCUCAGUUAAUAUUGUUGAAAAAUCCCCUCGACUUCGUCUCGGGGAUUAUUCAACAAUAUUAACUUCGCCUUCGGUGAAUAAUUGUUAAAUACGUUUGCAUUAAGUUAUUUAUCAAAGUGGGCCAAUUGAUCAUAGUACCAUAAACAUAGAUUGCAACCCAAAUUUGAAGAAAUCAGAUGAGUGAAACGAGCCCUAUACAAACAAAACGAAAUAGAAAACAAUACUGUACUUUGAAACUAAUCAAAUAAGUUCGUCCAGUCACGUUUUUUUGAUGUAAAAAUCGAAAAAUUUGUGGGUGGCAAUUCGAGGCAAUCUUUCACAUUUCCGGUGUCUGGAAUGUUGGGUGGUGGAAUUAAUUACAAGUGUCCGUUUAAUCCCGGUUGGCAACAAUAGAAAUGACCAUUUCAGGUACUUUUUAGUUGUCCGCGUCCUCUUAAUAGAGGUGUCCGCUUAAUAAAGGGUUCAUUUAAAGAAAAUAAGGGAAAUAAAUUUGGGGACUUUGGCUACUGUCCGCCUAAUACGGUGUCCACUUAAUACAGGUUUCACUGUACUAAUUUAGAGAACCUCAAUAAGAAGCGAUAUCAAAACCCAACUCUAUCAUCUUAAUUUUUUAACAACGCGUUAGUAAAAGCUUCGAACUAUAAGAAUACUUUAAGAUGGCAGCUUAUUUUAUGUAAUAUUGCGUAGCAAGAUAUGAAAAAGAGUAUCAUCGUGUGGAUGUUUAUGUGGUUGUUAUUAUCAUGCAUUGUAACCAUUUCUGUUAUAGUUGCAAGACAUCCAGGUAAUUAAUAGUUCUAAAUCUUGUUGUAGCAGUUGCCGCACACGAUGAGGGUUGUUUUAAGAUUGAUGAGCUGUCUUUUGGCAUUUACCUCGCUUCGUAAGUUGAAAGGAGCCAAUGCUGGUAACAGGACAAGACCAAACGCACACGCUAUCGCGCCAGCCGACAAAGACUGUGUUGGUUACGACCUCGACGGUAAAAUCUAUAACCUAGCAGCUCUCGAAAGAAAGGACGCAAAGCCGGGGUAUUAAUUCAGGCAUUGUAUACUGAUAAGAAUAGAAAAUCCAAUGUGCAAAGUUGGGCCAACUGCAAUCAACAAAGAUUAGCAUGAUCUUACUGUUUAUUUACCACUGAUACUAGAACACUCAAACAGUCAGGAAGUGUCUACGAUUAGAGAUAGAAAACAGGAAAGUGGACCGAAAUAAAAAUAGAUAGAGCACAUUGUGCUGUUUUGGAAAAUUACACAUAAUUCUCAUGACAGCACUUAGUCUUUGAGACGUAUAAACGGUCGAAAGUUUCAGUGCUUCAGUAAUAAUUCACGGGACCUCGAGAUCAGAGGUAUUAUAAUAUUAAACACCAAGGUCAAGAAUGAGCAUAAUUAAAACUUUAUACUUUGUUGCUUAAAGUAAAAAUCAUACUGGGAAACUGACAUGUGAAAAAUGAGUGGAAGAUGUUCUCUUCACAUUUAAGUUAGUUGUGCCCCUACCAUUUUGAUCUACGGUAUUUCGCUAUACCAACAUGCAUCACUUGCAUUUGUCCAACAGGUUCUGGGUGGUUUCAGGUGAUACGAACUAUACUUAUAAUCCCUGUAGACCAUUCUCUCAAGGGACGAAACAAACAAGUGACUGUUUCGGAGAUGUGGCUGUAAGUUGUUUAACUUACUAUAGUAACAGAAAACUUUGUAUUGAAAACAUUGCCCAGGUCUCGUGGUUCCGCUUGAGGUUUGACCAUGUUGACGUUAUUUGUAAUGGUCGAUAAGAGUAUAGAGCAUAGUCCAUUUUACUCUUUAAAAAAGGGCUAGCGCUUAAAAUUCUAGCUUUUCAUUCCCUUGACAGUGAUAAAUUGACUUAAUUGACUUAUGUGAUAAAACUAAAUUUUUGAGGAAGGUUCAAUGUACGGAGGAACGUUCACCAUACUAAUACAUCAUACCAAUACAGGCAAAUCUGAAAGAUGGUUUUCUUUUCUCCUAAUCAGGUUUGCAUGGGUAAUGUCAAGAAAGCAGGGUGUCAAUUGAUUGGUACGCAAAGCUCAUUCCACUAUGAUUUCAAUAAAGAGACAAACACACCACAGCUUGUCUAUACCAAUAAAGAGUAAGUUGUUGUGUUUCUUUCUUUUUCUUAGAUUAAACCCAGGCCUAUUUCUGAUUUGUUAGGUUCAGUUAUCCUCGGCCACAAACUUUGUUUCAAGUAUUCCUUUUGACACCCCAUUAAAUGUGGAGCCGUUUGUCUUAAUAAUCAUUUUAGUUGAACUCGCACAAGUUGAGUGUAACUACGUCUUAUACAUGAUGAUAAAUGUGAUAUAUGCGUUAUUUACAAAGUGUGAGGUCAAGAUGGCUGGAUAUUGGCCAUGAAAGGCGCUUUAUAAGCCAAGCGAAGCCAAGGGGCAUUUCGCGCGAGGGUUUCUCGCGCCAUGUUCGCCUUUUUGGUCCGAGAAAAAGUCAAGGAUAUUAAAAACGGCUGGGGAAUGAAAACGAACGAGACCUUCCUACAAUCUUAACGAACAAGCUCAAUAAACCGGACCAUAGGAAGGACGCUUUUCCUGCAUGGCCAAAGAGAGCAGUUAUAGGAAUGGGCAAGAUUUGCCGAUCUUGGGCACUCGAGCUUUCAAUUAGAACAGGGGAUUAGCCUCAUCUCGCCUGUUCGCGAAACAGGACAUUAAUUUUUAUGUUACCUAAUAUGUCUGUGUAUUUAAAGGUCUUUUCCGCAUCGAAAAGUUAUAGUCGACCUCAAGUGCGAUCCAUCAAAGAAA